AUGGCUAUAAAGAAGAAUUUAGCAGGCUUUAUUGCAAGGACAGAUGAGAACAUUUACAAGCUGUUGAAGUCACUGACCGUAAAAAAGAUGGAAGACUGCAGUUACGAGGAGUGUAAGAAACUCAUUUUAGAUCACUUGGCCCCUGCACCAACAAAGUUUGCUCAAAGAUACAAACUAAGAAGCUGUGUACAAGAGGGUGAAGAAACCACAGCGACCUACGUUUCAAGAUUAAGAACAAUCGCAAAUGAAUGUGAGUUUGCCAACUACAACGAGGCUAUAUUGGAUCAGCUGCUCGCUGGGCUGAGGAAUCAAAAGGUUGUUUCCGAGUUGUUAACGAAGGAUGACUUAACACUGGCAACCGCGGUGAAGGAAGCGUUAAGCCGUGAGCAAGCAAACAGGGAGGCUCAGUUCAUGAAUAGCACGUUAUCACCGGGAGAGUCAUCGAGAUCAGUGAACUUUGUGAAACCAACAUUCAAAAGAACAAUGAAAAACCUCUAUGGGAAGAAGGGGGAAAGUUCAGGUGGUUCGGGUGGAAAGCAGAAAAGUGGAAUGCAAAAGGGACUUAAAUGUAGACGGUGCGGACUUCGUGGACAUAUUGGUGAAAAUUGUCAAGUCCGGUGUCAUAUCUGCAAACGUAUUGGACACAUCUCCAAGAAUUGCAAGCAAAACAGCAUUGUUCACAACAUUGAACAAGGAGAGUCGAGUUCGGAGAGUUAUGAGUUCGGUAUGGAUGAGAAUUGUGAAAAUGUCUUGGACAAUGAGCUUUACCCCGAGUAUGAUCAUGACAAUGAGUGUAAUUCAGUUGAGAUUGAAAAAGGAGAUCACAAGUUUAAUCAGUUCUGGAGACUGUUCCUGGACAGAGUUAGGACGGUUUAA